UGGUCACCGCCUUCUCCGCCUGGUCCCUGGAGCCCGCCCCCGUCUUCGCCCGCUCCGCACUAGAUCUCUCUUUCGCGAGGAGGACGACGAGGAGGUGGUGGCGAUAUCUAGGAUCGAUAAGCUGCAGAAUACUUUUCACCAAUGGGAACAAACCCCUGUAUACACCGGAGAACAUGUUCAGUUAACUAAAAGAGCUCCAGGCCAGUUGUAAAAGCAUCGAGUGGCAGAUUUUACCUUUUUCUGCGAAAAGAUGGAUGAACUGGACAAGGCAAUUGCAGUCGCUGCCAGAGAUCCAGCUUAUUAUGGACUUGACGAAGUUGAACUUGGAAAAUGGAGAAACUGGACUAGCACUGCUCACAACCAGGUGCGUACUGUGAGGAGAAAUGUUGAAGCUGGAAAGGAGAAGAGCAGUCUUAUCACUGGUUCGCGCCAAGACCUAACGGGUCUUCCACGUGGGCAUGAUUCUCAAGCAGGAAGAUCUAACCGCUAUGGAGCCGAAGACAACGAUGAUUUUUUCUCUUCAAAAUCAGAUCGGCAGCUGUUUCUAAUAAAAGCUUUUCGAAGAAUGGGUGAGGUCGAUUCUCAAAGCGCACAAGGAUUUGGAACUCCUCGAGAACAUGAACGGGCUCUAUACGCUCUACAUGGAGCGAGCUGUUGGCGAGUUGGCGAAGGAGUUGGGCCCUGUCGCUACCCAAGGGGUGCUCGACAUACAAAUGAAUAUGUUAUAUGCAAUGGCUGCAAAAGUCCGGAUACCAUACUUUCUAAGGAAAAUCGGUUAUUCUUCCUCCGCUGUGAACAGGUUUCCUCAUUGCCCUGGGAUUUACACGAGAGAGCAGGUAGAGGCAUGGAAGAAGGUGGUGGACGCCGUCCAUGCCAAGGGAAGCAUCAUCUUUUGCCAAUUAUGGCAUGUUGGCCGGGCUUCUAAUCCUGUGUACCAACCUCAGGGUGCAGCUCCGAUAUCGGGAAGAUGGAAAAUAUUAAUGCCUGACGGUUCGUACGGCAAGUACCUGAAGCCCAGAAGGCUUGCAACUGCAGAGAUUCCAGAUAUAGUCCAACAAUACCGUCAAGCUGCGCUAAACGCGAUCGAAGCAGAGAUUCCAGAUAUAGUAAUGGUUUGAAUAUUUUCAAUAGAAAAUUUGGAGGAUUGUUACAAAUCGUGAGACAAACUGGCCUUAAAUGUCCUAAAAUUGCUCCUCAAAAGUUUGAUGCGGGUAACAAUUAGGUCUUUACGCGGUCCUAAUUGUGAGCUCUUAUCUGGUGUGCUUCUUUCUUCCAGAUGGUAGACAAAGGAAGAAAUUAAUUCUUUUGUGGGACAAAUCUCAGGACUAAAUUGUUGACCAAAACUCAGGAGUUAAUUGAAAUUGGCGGUCAAAGAUGGAGAAAUAAAUUUUAUAACCUAACUUUUUUUUUCUGCUCUAAUCUGAUGAUAUCAGCUUGGCAAUAUUUGCAUUUUGUGAUCAUUUCAUCAUUUCCAAUGUUUUAUUGUUUCAUCGUGAUUCCUUGAACAUUGUGAUAACGUAUUACACCUCUGGCAUUGGUCAUGUGCAAAAUGUAAUUCCUCAAAAAAGGCUAAUCUUGUCUCGUCCUGUUUUGAAGGUGAAUGCAUUCCCCAUCAUCGUCAUGUUCGGCAUGUGCUCCAUAUUCCUUUUCAUGGCCUCAAUCUUGCAGAGGCGUCUAAUGGUCAUCGCAGAUCGCCCCAAAUCAAGUUAACAUUAUUAAUUUAUCAUUCAUGCCAUCAACCAGACAGCUCAUUUCAUCGGGGAUACAUGGUUCAACUUAAGGGUCUGAUAUUUUCUCCCUCCUGAAUGUUAUGCUCCAUAAUUUUCUUACAGAGCCACAAGAUUGGACUGCUUUAAGGGAGAUGGUUGGUGAAGAGGAGCCGCUGUAUGUCUAAACUAAAAGUCCGAACUCUUCAGAGCUCUCAUGCCGCAACGAUGCAAUCCAAUGCAUCGUUUGGAAUUUUUUCGAGAUAAUAGAUGUUUACCAUCGUUUAGAAUUUAUUAUUGUUUGGUUGGAAUUCAAACAAGCAUUUUGUAGUUGGAACUCAUAUAUGAAAUUUAUUUUUAAUAUUGAAACUGUGAUUUGUCGCAAA